AUGUUUGUGGUGGAUCUUUGUAAUGAACUUCGUGAACGUCGAAAAAAAAGUCGUGUACAAAAAUUUUACGACUAUCAGCAGUAUCUAGAAGAAAAAGUGAAAGAAGAUCAAGAAAUUCUUGAUGGCCAACAUAACACAGCGCAGAUCAACGCGGCAGAAAGAAAAGCUAAACGGUGGGAUAAAUGGCUGGCAAGAAUCACUUUUCUCCUUAACGUAUUAAUGAUUACUGCAAAAAUAAUUGCCGCAUACUUUUCUCAUUCAUGGGCUAUUAUUGGGUCUGUUGUCGAUAGCAUCAUGGACGUCACAAGUGGUUCUGUUGUCUGGCUUUGUGUUCGAGCAACACAGAAGACCAAUAGAUACGAGUAUCCUCUUGGAAAGAACAGGUUAGAAUCACUCUCUGCGAUUUUGGUUGCUGCAAUUAUGGUGAUGACAAAUAUAAUAGUUAUUGGUGAAGCAGUGCUGUCCACUAUUAAUAACACAGUAAAUCCAGUCGUCGAUGUGGCAACCCUGUCUAUUAUGUGUACUGGAACUGUACUGAAGUCAAUACUGUACUUUUUCUGUCGCCGACAGAAGACGACAGGAUCAAAAAUUUUAGCCAUGGAUCAACGUAACGACGUUGUGACAAAUGUGGUAGCCUUAAUUGCUGCAUACAUUGGACACCGUUGGUGGAAAUAUACGGAUCCUAUUGGUGCAGUUUGUGUCUGUACAUUUAUCAUCGUCGGUUGGACUCGUACAGCACUUGAAGAGGUACCCCUAUUAGUAGGUAAAGCUGCACGUCCUGAGUUCAUAAACCGGAUCUCAAAAAUUGCUGUAAACCACGACGAACAUAUAAAAAAUUUGGAUACAGUUAUCGUAUAUCAUUUAGGAGCUAAUUUCAUCGUUGAACUGCAUGUCGUUAUGGAUCCCGAAAUGAAACUGAAAGAUACACACGAUAUUUCGGAGAGCCUACAAACAAAAUUAGAACGAUUACCGUAUGUCGAACGAGCAUUUGUACACUGUGACUAUGAAUUUGACGGAGAUGAACAUAUCAAUUUGCUAAAUAUACGUUCUUAG